UCGCUUAGCUUUUACAUCUUCCGCUUCUUCCCAUCUCCAGCGUCACGUAUUUACUGGUCACUGCUACAACAGUUGUCCUUUGCCCUUCCGCGCCCAACCCUGCUGGUUUACGUCAGUAGCCAGUGGCGCUGGUUUAUGAUCGGCCGUCUCUUCAGUGUCGUGUCUCAGAGGGCGCCGAGCUUGUUGCACAGAGUGUCAUUGAUGAUGAAGCCGCAGGUUGUGUUCGUGCUGGGAGGGCCUGGUGCCGGCAAAGGGACUCAGUGCUCCAAUAUCGUGGAGAAUUACAGCUACACCCACUUGUCUGCUGGGGACCUGCUGAGAGCAGAGCGGGCCAGAGAGGGCUCAGAGUUUGGACAGCUCAUUGCCAGCUACAUCAAGGAGGGCAAAAUUGUCCCAGUGGAAAUUACUAUCAACCUCCUCAGGAAGGCGAUGGAAGAGACUAUGCAAAAGGAUGAGAAAAAGUUUCGGUUCCUCAUCGACGGCUUUCCCCGCAACGAGGACAACCUCCAGGGUUGGAACAACGUCAUGAAGGACAAAGCCGACGUUAAAUUUGUGCUCUUUUUCGACUGCAGCACCGAGGUCUGCAUUCAAAGGUGUCUAGAACGGGGGAAGAGCAGUGGACGCACAGACGACAACAGAGAAAGUCUGGAGAAAAGAAUCCAAACCUACCAACAGUCUACGCGACCAAUCAUUGAGCUGUAUGAAAAACUUGGGAAGGUGUGCAGAGUAGAUGCCUCUCGUUCGGUGGAGGUGGUGUUUGCAGAUGUGAAGGCCAUCUUGGACAAAGAAGACUAAAUCUGCCAACACCCUCCACCUUUCCCUGUUUGUCUUUCCUUUUUAUGAAUUGCAAGUAUGUUACGACCUAAUGUCCAUGAGAUGUUUAAUUUUAUUUCUUUUUCCAUGUCUUUUAUAUUUGCUGCACUCGUAUGGAGUGGGUUUGUCAUGUAUGUCAUGUAUGUAAUUGUUAGACGUUAGCUAAUUUACACAGCCAUCUAGAUCGGGUUCAGUGAAGAUUGCAGCCUCAUUUGAAACUGCAUAGGAAACACAUCUUAAAGUCACAGCAACGUAUUUCUGUCUGGAAGGUUUCUCAUUGUAAUCGAUUGUGGCGCUUUAGACCAAAAGUUUGGACUUGUUGCAGUAGUUGUCGCUAUAAAAACGGAUCUACCGAGUGUGUUUCUGUAUGACAAAUCAAAGAAACUAGUUGGAAAUUUCUAAACAAAAUUUCAGCAUUUGACAUGCAAUGUCAAAAUCUGUACUGUAUCUUCUUAGGAGGAAAAAUAAAAAACAAAGUCAACAUCUU